AUGUUAGGAUUGGGCAGACCUCGACUCAAAGCACGGCCAUCCCUGCUAGAUCUGAUUAGCCGACGUGAGGUCGACCAGCCCGUCGCGACUGUGACUGCUACCAUUGGGGGUGAAGCGCCGUCGUCACCGCCCGAGCUGCCACCGCUUCCAGGCUCGCCCGCCUCAAUCAGCUCGACCACCUCCACCACCUCCCCCGUGUCAAUCCCCUCCACGCAAACCUCCUCCACGAUGGCACCGGCAACGGACAGUGAGCCUCAUGGCUCCGUCUUCUCGGUCUCCGGCCCCGUCGUCGUCGCCGAGAACAUGAUUGGCUGUGCUAUGUACGAGUUGUGCCAUGUCGGUCAUGCCCUGCUUUCCGGUGAAAUCAUCCGAAUCGAAGGCGACAAGGCCACGAUUCAGGUCUACGAAGAAACCGAUGGCUUGACCAUCGGUGAUCCCGUCACACGGACUGGCAAGCCCCUUUCCGUCGAGCUGGGCCCCGGCCUCAUGGAGACGAUCUACGACGGUAUCCAACGACCCCUCCGGGCCAUCUCUGAGAAGUCCGAGAGUAUCUACAUCCCCCGUGGUAUCCGUGUCAAUGCCCUGGACCGCGAGAAGAAGUGGGAGUACAAGCCUGCCGGCUUCAAGGUCGGCGACCAUAUCACCGGCGGUGAUAUCUGGGGCAUUGUGUUCGAGAACAGCUUGGUGAACGACCACAAGAUCCUCCUACCUCCGCGUGCGCGCGGAACCGUCACCCGGAUAGCUCCCGCCGGUAACUACACGGUCGAAGAGAAACUGCUGGAAAUUGAGUUCGAGGGCAAGAAGGCUGAGUUCGGCAUGAUGCAGACCUGGCCCGUCCGUGUGCCGCGCCCCGUCAGUGAUAGGCAGUCCGCCGAUGCGCCCUUCAUUGUCGGCCAGAGAGUGCUGGAUGCUCUCUUCCCUAGUGUGCAGGGUGGAACUGUGUGCAUUCCCGGUGCUUUCGGAUGCGGCAAGACGGUCAUCUCCCAGAGUGUGUCCAAGUUCUCGAACAGUGAUAUUAUCGUCUACGUCGGCUGUGGCGAGCGCGGUAACGAGAUGGCUGAGGUGUUGAUGGAUUUCCCGGAGCUUUCCAUCGAGGUCGAAGGCCGCAAGGAGCCAAUUAUGAAGCGUACCUGCCUGAUCGCCAACACCUCGAACAUGCCUGUCGCUGCCCGUGAGGCCUCCAUCUACACUGGUAUCACCAUCGCCGAAUACUGGCGUGACCAGGGCAAGAACGUGGCCAUGAUGGCGGACUCGAGUUCUCGCUGGGCCGAGGCUCUGCGUGAGCUUUCGGGUCGUCUGGGUGAGAUGCCUGCUGAUCAGGGUUUCCCCGCCUACCUGGGUGCCAAGCUGGCCUCCUUCUACGAGCGUGCCGGCAAGAGUAUUGCUCUGGGUAGCCCUGAGCGAACCGGUAGUGUCAGCAUUGUCGGUGCCGUCAGCCCGCCUGGUGGUGACUUCUCGGACCCGGUCACCUCUAGUACCUUGGGUAUUGUGCAAGUGUUCUGGGGUCUCGACAAGAAGCUGGCUCAGCGGAAGCACUUCCCAUCGGUCAACACCUCGAUGUCCUACAGCAAAUACACUCCGAUCCUGGACAAGUACUACGAGAAGCACAAUCCUGACUUCCCUCGGCUGCGCGACCAGAUCCGUGAGCUCCUCUCGAAGUCCGAGGACCUUGACCAGGUCGUGCAGCUGGUCGGUAAGGCGUCGCUGGGUGACUCGGACAAGAUCACCCUGGAUGUAGCCGCCAUGAUCAAGGACGACUUCCUGCAGCAGAACGGCUACAGUGACUACGACCAGUUCUGCCCGCUAUGGAAGACCGAAUACAUGAUGAAGGCCUUCAUGGGCUACCACGACGAGGCACAGAAGGCCAUCGCCCAGGGCCAGAACUGGAGCAAGGUCCGUGAUGCCACCGCCGACCUCCAGAGCGGCCUGCGCAGCAUGAAGUUCGAGAUACCCGACAACGAGGAGGAAGUGUCGGCCAAGUACGAGAAGCUUCUCCAGUCCAUGUCCGACCGGUUCGCUUCGGUUUCGGAUGAGUAG